AUGUUGCUUCCUCGCCUGAUCACGGUCGGUUUUGCCCUCCCUGCCGCGGCGCAGCUCAGCCCUCUCACCACGCCGUUCCUCAACCUCACGGCCGUCACAGCCGCCCAUGGCGAAUCGACGCUUGAAUGCUGGAGGCUCGCAAACCCGUUCAAGCAGACCACAGAAGCCGGCAUCUCGGGCUCCUUGCAGCUGUCGCUGGGAGAGCUGGCGAAUGGGUCGUACAGCGUGAUUCCCGCCAGGUUUGACGGCGGAUUCCACCAUGCUCCGGCCUUUCAAUACGUCCUCUUCAUCAGCGGGCUGGCGCACAUAAGCCUGUACAAGGGGCGUGACGAGGCGUGGAUCCAAGGCGGCAAGUACGGGCUGCUCAUCGCAGCAGACACGGCUGAUCUGACGGAGCAUGGCCAUCUAACUAGGUAUCCGAGUGCUGCGGACACGGUUUCGGUGACCUUUCAAAUCAAGGACAGGCAGAGCUUCAAGUACAGCUUGCUCCAUCAGGGCCCGUGUACGCAAGACGAAAUGGUUGGCAUAUGA